GACCAGUUCUACAAAGAAGCAAUUGAGCACUGUCGCAGCUACAACUCUCGGCUGUGUGCUGAGCGAAGCGUCCGCCUCCCCUUUCUGGAUUCACAAACUGGGGUAGCUCAGAACAACUGCUACAUCUGGAUGGAGAAGAGGCACAGGGGACCAGGCCUGGCCCCAGGUCAGCUGUACACAUACCCAGCACGUUGCUGGCGCAAAAAGAGGCGUUUGCAUCCUCCUGAGGAUUCCAGGCUGAAGCUGCUGGAAAUUAAACCUGAAGUUGAUCUGCCACUGAAGAAAGAUGGGUUCACCUCAGAAAGCACAACUCUGGAAGCCUUGCUGCGUGGAGAGGGAAUAGAGAAAAAAACAGACACUAAAGAGGAGGACUCUAUACAAGAAAUCCAGGUAAAGGAGAACAGGCUAGGAAAAAGGGUUUUAGAAAAUGAUGAAAAUGCAGAUGAAGUGAAUGAGGAAGAGGAUUUGGAAGAAGAUAUUCCAAAACGAAAGAACAGGCCUAGAGGACGGGCUCGGGGAUCUGGAGGUGGCAGGAGAAGGAACGAUGCUGCCUCUCAGGAUGAUCAUGACAAACCCUAUGUUUGUGACAUCUGUGGCAAGCGUUACAAGAACAGGCCUGGGCUGAGCUAUCACUAUGCUCAUACCCACCUUGCCAGUGAAGAGGGUGAUGAAGCCCGUGAGCAGGAGACUCGCUCUUCCCCUGUCCACAGAAACGAAAACCACAAACCCCAGAAAGGACCAGAUGGGGUCAUCAUUCCCAACAACUACUGUGACUUCUGCCUCGGAGGCUCCAAUAUGAACAAAAAAAGUGGCCGGCCGGAGGAACUUGUAUCGUGCUCAGAUUGUGGGCGCUCUGGACACCCGACCUGCCUGCAGUUCACCACAAACAUGACUGAGGCUGUUAAAACCUAUCAGUGGCAGUGCAUUGAGUGCAAAUCCUGCAGCCUUUGUGGGACCUCUGAGAACGAUGACCAGCUGCUCUUCUGUGAUGACUGUGACCGUGGCUAUCACAUGUAUUGCUUGAAUCCACCGGUCUUUGAACCCCCAGAAGGAAGCUGGAGUUGCCAUUUGUGCCGGGAGCUGCUCAGAGAGAGAGCAUCAGCUUUUGGUUUCCAAGCCUGA